CGGAAACAUGUGACGCAGUGACGCAGUGACGCAGUCAGGAGGGCUCCAAAUUUGAAAACGUGGCUGUGUCCUCUGUGUAUGUGUGUGUGAAGGUUAGCCGACAGAUACAACGAGGAGGAGGAGAGCCAGCUGAGGCCUAGACCUGUGCUUGAGGAGUCAACGAUAUUAACGGCUCUUUUAUUCAUUUAGGUCCACAUCGAGCUCACAGUUGGAGGAAAAUGGAGUGCACCCCUGAAUCAAACAUCUACCUUGAGAGAUGCAAGGGGCAGCACUGUUAUGAUGACUGUGCUGACAGUGGGUACUCAGGUUUAUUCCACAGCCCUCAGAGCACCAGUGGUGUGGACUCCUGUAGGUCUCCAGUUGAAUUCACUGAAACACCCAAAGAGAACCUCAGGGUGUCUGUCACCCCCAGGGAGCCUGUCAGGUCUUUGGGCAAAGACUCCAGGGGAAUGCAGCGGCCUUCUGUAGUAAGUUGGUGUGAAACUCCUAAAAGGGAUUCUUUGUUGCGACACAAACUUCUACUACGCCGCCCCACCACAGAUGUCAAAACCGACAGUACAAGAUCCCCAUGCACCAGGAGGACUGGAAGGUCUGAACACUGGCUGAGUGCAUCGUUUGACUCUUUAGACGUUGUGACAGGGGCUUUAGCAUCAAGCACUUUGGAUCAGGACCUGCCCCUGUCUAGCAGGAAACGGCGUCUCCUCUUCACGCAGGUGAGGACCUCAACCCGAGAAGAUGGAAAACCCAACCCUGUUCCACUCCCCAGUUUUGAGAGAAGAGUUUCACUCUCAGAUGCGGAUUUCAUUGAGAACAUUUCUGCCUCCCGUCAAAUGAAUAUUGAGUCUCCAUGUCAAGGAAAAUUCCUGUCUCCCUCAUCUAGUGUGAACUCUCAUUCACCAAUCAGCAGAGUUUCAAAUAACCUCCAUGACAGCUCAAGUGUUAUGUACACACCUUCUUCAACACAUAAACCCAGAUACAUCAGAUCUGUGUGUGAAGAUAGCGGUUUUGGUUCUCUGACCCUCGACAAAUCACAAGAUUCCUCCAUGGACCAGGAUGGCUCAUUCCAGGAGCUCCUGCUCUCUGGCUCCAGAGGAAACUGUGAAACCCCUAACCAGGCAGAAACAAAGCGGCGCUCUCGUUUGCAGCGGCAGCACCGGCUUUCAACGCUUAAAGAAGGAGGCUCUCAGUCUGAGGAGGACAACACAGAGAGGAAACAUCUUUAUCAGAGCCAGAGCUACUCUAAAGAAGAUGAGGUUUUUGCUUAUGAUGCCACCCCUCAUAGGGGAGGUUCUGUUAAAUAUAGCAAUAGCUGUGAUAGUUUGGUUUCUGCAAAACAAGACUAUGCCACCCCACUGAGAGCGACCACAACCAAGCCAGAAAACAAGACUCCUUUUAGCACAGGUCAGACCAAUCAAGAUGUAACGCCUCUCUCAACAACCCCCGUCAAUCUGUCCCUGACACCAGCAUUACAGCUGAUCCAUGCAAUGUGUCAGCAGAAUGCACAGAUGUUUGUAGGCCAAAGCCCGAGCCUGAAGGAGCAGCUCAAGUCCACAGCAAGACUGUCCAAUAGCCUGGGGACGUUCAGAACCACGAUGCCGCUGGCCGGGCUGAUUGGCAGGAAGAUGGGCCUGGGGAAGAUCGACAUACUCACAGAGCUGAAGAAGAGGAACCUCAGGCAUAUUCUCUCCAUCAUACUCGGCCACCUAUCACCCAAGAGCGUCUACAGGUGUGGUAUGGUGUGUAAGAGCUGGAAUGAAAUCAUCCAACAAGACAAGCAGGCCAGUCUAAAGAGAAGAAACCACCAAAGUAAACUGGAGGCUGCUAAUGAGCUUGGUAGUGCUGUCCAUGUCCCUGAUGCAGAGACCAGACUCACUUUGGUGAAGAGAUCGGCCCUCAAGAUGGUUCAGGCCCAGUCCAGGUCUUCAAGCUUCUGCACUCCACAGUCAGGAAAUAGCACUUUGACUCCUUUACAGCACGGCAUCAUGAAUUCUGGCAGCAGCAGCAAACGGGAGAAAUUUCUUGAAGUUGCUAAAACUCUUUUCAAAGAUGAGUGCCUGAAGCCUUGCCCUAGAUGUCAGCAUCCCGCGAGGUGUCACUCGGUGAAAGGAGAGGGUGUGUGCAGCAGAUCAGACUGUGGCUUCCAGUUUUGUACAGCCUGCCUGUUUGCCUUCCACGGCUCUAAAGAGUGUGGCAGCCAGUCUGCGGGCCGUCGCAAGAAGGACAUACUUCUCCCUGGAAGCGCUCAGAGCAAGCGAAACGUUCGGAGGCUAUGAGAAAGUGAACUGAAGUCCUGUUUGUAGCAGUAGAAUAACUUUUUUUUAAAGUCUAGUGCUGAAGACGAGCGAUAGAGAUAGGGAAACUUCUUUUGAAGCCAGUGCAUGAAAUAAGUCCCGUACUCACUGAUGUCUGUCUUGUUACUGUUUGUUCCCUCUUUUUUUCAACACUGUUUUUAAUUAUGAAUGUGAAGGAAGUCUCAAGCACUGCAAUGAAUUACUUUUUUCAUACUCUUUGAAUCAACUGUACAUAAAGUAUUUUUGAGACGUUUCUGAGAUUUUCUACUUUUACCAAUGUGUUUUCAGAGCUGUUUAAAAUAAAUGUAUUUUUCUUAUUUUUUA